AUGAAAGAUUAUGAAACAGCACUGACAAUGUGUUUAGAAGCAUUUAAUAUUUGCUCGAAAUCACGAUUCACAACAUUUUCAUUGUAUUCAUUAGUAUUAAAUAAUCUAGCAACGGCUUAUGGUGAAUUGAAGCAAUAUACGAAAGCAAUUGAAUAUUCAAAAUUGGCGUUAGAUUGGUCAGAAAAACAUUUGCCAUUAUAUCAUCCUAAGUUAGCAUCACUUUGUCUUUAUAGUGACGAUUAUAAACAAGCACUAUAUUAUUCAGCAACAGCUGUGACUAUCGCUCAAAAGCCUCUAUCCGAUGAGCAUCCAAGACUGAUUUUAUAUAAAGAAACUUUUGAACAUAUUAACUUAAGAAAUAUGGGACGAAAUCUAGGACAACAAUUAGCUCGUUCAAUUUUAUAG